AUGUGUUUGCAAUCUCCAAAUAAUACAGUGGACAAAGUUGGCGAAAGACUUAAUUUCUGGAAACUACUAAUAAAUUCGAUCCUUUCCCUGGGGACCUCCAUCGCUACUGUCCGUCGGUUGUCCAUUCGCUUGAAGGAGUGAGGCACGGGCCUCGACGACAAGCCUCGGUCGAGGCACUCCUUCGCCGUUCACGACUCCGUCAUUCUCGACACUGUCAAAAAGGAUCUAGAACUUAACAUCCGCAGUCUUGCGACGAGACUUGAGUGCGCCAAACCAACAGUCGUCGGUCUCCUUCAGGCCCUCGGUUACAGAAAACUGCUAACUCGAUGGAUACCUCAUGUCUUGACCGAUAGCAUUCGGCACACCCGGGUAUCUAUGUCAGUCUCUCCUUCUCCGCUUACAUCGCAAGGAGUUCCUGGGGGAACUACUCAAUGGAGAAGAAAGCUGGAUCCUCUACGACGCUGA